ACAUUGCCAUGUUGCUGCUAGAAAAAGGUGCUCAGAUUAUACCAGACGCGGAGGGACUUACUCCUUUACAUUUAGCAUCCCGCGAAGGACAUCACAAAUUGUUAAAAAUCUUGACUGAACAUGGUGACACUCUAUUAGACACACGAGAUAAAUAUAAGGGAUGGACACCUAUUUUUUAUGCCGCAAGUGAAGGGAACAUAGAAUGUGUCGAUGUUUUGGUUCAAGCAUCUUGUCAGGUUGACAUCUCAGACGAAUCAAGUCAUUCACCCAUAUAUUAUGCAGCAUGGGAAGGCCAUAUAGAAUGUAUCGAUAAAUUACGUAAGGCCGGUGGACGCGUUGAACCUAUUGAGAUGAAAGAUGAAUCACCAAAUAUGGUAGUCACAAACGGUCAUCUAGAGGAUGAUGUUGAUUUGGACAGUAAUAUGGAAAUUAAUAUGGACUCGAUUCCUUCAUAG